GGAUGGAAGAUGGUCGCAUCCCGGAUGAAAGCAUCACAGCUUCGUCAUUCUACAGAAACCUCCCUACUCAUGCCCCACCCAGGGCCAGGCUUUAUACUCAAGGAUUAGCUGCAGCCUGGUGUGAUGAUGGAUCUGAAGACAGUCCAUGGAUACAGGUUGACUUCAAUGGUACAGUCACCAUCACUGGUUUGAUCACCCAGGGGCGUGGUGAUCGAUACAACCAAUGGGUGACAGAGCACCAAGUGUCGUACAGUGAUGACGCUCAGUCCUGGGAUCAAGUGACUGAUGCGUUUGGCACACAAAUAAAGUUCGCUGGUAACUCGGACAGGAACACGAUGGUAACCGCACGGUUCCCAUUGGCAUUGCGCACCCGAAUCCUGCACAUUCACCCCACUGCAUGGAACAAGCAUUGUAGCAUGAGGUUUGAAGUGAUUGGCUGCUAUUAAUCACUUUGAUUGAAUUAGUCGAUAACUGGACAGGAAAUAAUCGAUAUCGAAAGGAAUCGAUAAUUGAAACCCAUCUUUUUACUGAUUUUGUAGUUACAAUACGCCUGGUGAGAUUGAUGUUGCAUAAAACAGUAGGUCUAUACUCAGAGUUCUACACGUAGUUUGAUUUUAAAAUGUCACUGUAUGGUAACAAAAAAAUGUCAAGUGAAGUCAAGCUUUUUCUAACUUUUUAAUUAGCAUUCAUUUAUAUAUAUGAUAGUUCUCAUUGGUAAAGAGCAUCGCCAUUAUGGCUGGCUCCAUUCUCUUUUAAACACCGGAGAAAAGUGUUUAAAUCGGCCAAUGAUAAACGUGGCCACUCACUCAGGG